AAUCUACACCGUAUUCCCAAUCUCAUCCCAGCACCGUUAUUAUCAAAUAAAAAAGAAUAACCCAGGCGCUGCCGGAGACCAGAGUCCCACUGAACUCAACUUACCGGAAAACGCUGCCGGAGUCGGUCGUUGGCCCCAGAAAGAGUGACAAAUUCAUCCAGGUAUCUCAAUGAUAAUUCAACCCCCAAAUUUCUAAACCCUAUUAAUGGAUUGUACAGUAUCAUUUCUUAGUCUGCAUUUUGUUCCAUUGGGAAGAACUUUAUGCAGAAACCAAAUAAUCACUUUAGCAGCAAAUUCAAAUAGAAGAAGAAAAAAUCCAACAAAGAAUCUUCGAUAUCCCCGCCGUGAUAAGCUACCUCCAGAGUUUGGUGUUAAUUUAUUCCUGAAGAAACCUAACACGACAACCACCGAACCAAUUCAUGAUGAUGAUAAGGAAUUGAAUGUAGAAGAGAGUGAUGAGGAGGAACGAAAUUUAGAUACUGAUGUUUGGGAAUCCGAUGAAAUUGAUGCUAUAUCGUCACUUUUUCAAGGUAGAAUCCCUCAAAAACCAGGGAAAUUGGAUCGGGAAAGACCUCUUCCUCUUCCGUCUCCUCAUAAGAUUCGUCCGUUGGGACUACCUACACUGAAAAGACUACCAGCUAUGGUUUCUACUCGCGGUUCUAUGGAUAAGAAAUUAUAUAAAAGUCCGAGUUUUUUAGUUGGGUUGGCGAGAGAGAUUAGUAGGCUUAAUCCAGAUGAAGAUGUGUCCAUGAUUCUUGGAAAAUGGGUACAUUUUCUGAGGAAGGGUUCUUUAUCGUUGACGAUAAAGGAAUUAGGACAGAUGGGGUACCCUGAGAGAGCUCUACAAACAUUCUGUUGGGCGCAAAAUCAACCUCAUCUUUUCCCGGAUGAUUGGAUUCUGGCCUCGACGAUUGAGGUUUUGGCCAGGAAGAAUGAGUUGAAGGUUCUAUUCAACCUAAACAAGUUUACUGGUUCGGCAAGUCGUGGGGUGUUGGAGGCGUUGAUUAAGGGUUUUUUAAAAGGAGGAAACCUCAGACUUGCUUGGAAGGUGUUGGCAAUUGCUAGAAGGGAUAAAAGAAUGUUGGAUCCUAGCAUUUAUACAAAACUGAUAAUGGAACUUGGAAAGAACCCUGAUAGAUACAGACAUGUUGUGCCGUUGUUAGAUGAACUCGGAGCACGAGAUGAUCUGAAUUUGAAUUCACAGGAUUGUACUGCUAUAAUGAAAGUCUGUGCUAAGAUGGGAAAGUUUGAAGUUGUUGAGAGCUUGUUUAGUUGGUUCAAACAGUCUGGUUCUCAACCUAGUGUGGUAAUGUACACCACUGUAAUUCACAGCCGCUACGCAGAGAUGAAAUACAGAGAGGCAUUGGAGUUAGUUUGGGAAAUGGAGGCUUCGAAUUGCCUCUUUGACCUGCCAGCUUAUCGUGUGGUAAUAAAGGUUUUUGUUGCUUUGAAUGAUCUAUCGAGAGCCGUGCGGUAUUUUUCAAAACUUAAAGAAGCAGGAUUUUCUCCCACUUUUGGUUUAUACAAGGACAUGCUUGAAAUUUACAUGGCCUCCGGGAGGAUAGCAAAGUGCAAAGAGAUCUGUAAGGAAGCCGAGAUAGCAGGUUUCACGUUACAUAAUCAUCUAGUGUCAUGAUUCAAUAAAUUACGCACAGUAUGAGUUCAACUAGCAUUAUCAUUGUUUGUGUCAUUUUUGAAUUUUUCUGUAUAGUGAUAUAGUCUAAUGUGCAGUGGCUACACUAAACCCUUAUGGGCUUCCAUUUGUACAUCAACACACAUCUUCAACAUUGAGGGUAAAUUUUGCAUGUGAAUAUGCAACUAAACCCUUCAAUUAUAGUUCCAACUGUUAAGAGAUUGGCAUGAUAUGGAAAACUUGUUAAACCUUUUGGGUCUAUUUAGUUUGAAAAACAUUUUCUGAUUUCACUUCA